UAAAGUAACCCGGGAACGAAACAAGUGGCAAACAACACUCUCUUUUUUGAAUGCGCCCGUCAAUAGCACCAUGUGUAUCGACUAGCUAUGAGCCGUUGACGGAAUUACAACAAUGGCAGCUGCGAUGUUGACAAACAAUACAAAUCUAAGGAAAGUAACAACACUUUUCAAGCGUUCCACAAAAGUUCCAAGAAAUGGAUGAGAUUUGUCGACUUUGUCUAAAUGGUUUGCCAAAAGGUAGAACUAGAACAUCGAUUACAGACGCACAAUUACAGAAAGAAUUUCAGCACGUCUUCUGCUUUGACAUUGUUUAUGAAGAACAUAUGCCAUUGUAUGUCUGCAAUAAAUGCCGAGGUACUGUGUCGUGCAUGCACUCCUACUGCCAGAAGGUUUUGCUAAACCAGCAGCAAUUGCUAAACGAAACAAAAGAAACUCUCUUACAGCCAAAGGAAGAAAUGAACAACGAUGCUGUGUGCGAUACCAUUUUGUUUGAGGUGGAGGUACUGUCCGCCACAAACGACACACAUGGGCAAAAGGAAUUUAAGGAUCCUAUCGGCUUGACCACAGAGAAAGAUGAAGAAAACACCAUGGUUGACAGUAGCGAUGAGGGUGUUCUUGUGAACAAGGAUAACCCGCAGGAUGAAAAACAGCUGACCAGCAACAAGGAUAAAAGUAGCAUCAGUGGAAAGACAAAAAAAUCACGCUCCAAACAACAUGAUUAUGAAAAGAUUAUACAAGACUUUUUUAAGCUUGAAUGUGAGAUCUGUUCAGCGUCGUUGGAAAGUUUUGGAUCGGUGCAGGAACAUUACCGUGACAAACACAAUACAAUGGGCUAUGUACGAUGCUGCGAUAAACAGUAUUUCAUUCGGUCUUAUUUGGUAGACCACAUCGGCGCCCAUCUAGGAUCAAUCCGGUGCGAGAUUUGUCAAAAAAGUUACAAAACCAAACGAUACCUUCAGCAGCAUAUGAUCGAAAGUCACAGCAGUGCCGAUGAUAAACCGUUUAAAUGCACCCAGUGUCACAUGACAUACUCCAAGGAGCAUCUGCUGCGAGCUCACAAGCAGAUGCACGUGAAGCAACAGUGCAAAAUCUGCCAGAAGGUGCUAUCAAAUCAUAACUCAUUAAAAGUGCAUAUCACUCAAGUGCACAGCGGUAAUGGAAAUCAGAUUUGCGACACGUGCGGUAAAAUGUUUCGAACCAAAGCAGGGAUGGAGCGGCACAUCAAGUUGCAUCACCAACCCCAGCUAGUCCACUGGGAGCAAUGUGGACAGUGUGAAAAGUGGUUCGACUGUAAGGAAAACCUGAAGAAACACAUCAGGCUUAUACACGACCAGAGAGGUGUAUUCCCCUGUGACCAAUGCACGCAUAAGAGCAUUACCCGUAGGGCACUUUCUCAUCACAAAAACCGGUUGCACAAACAGAAGCAGAUAUUUGAAUGUGAUCACUGUGGUAAAAAGCUCAAUUCGAAGUUUGGCCUGCGUGAACACUUGGCCACACAUUCAACUAUUCCACUCUAUUCGUGUGACUUUUGCGAGACCACAUUCAACUCGAACGCUAAUAAGUAUAAGCAUUACAAGAACAAACACUUCAAAGAAUGGGAAGAUCUAAAACAGCAAAAACUUAUGGAAAAAAUUAGCACCGGCAUUGUUCGCACAUAAAGAGCGUUUGUUUCACCGACAGGCGUACGCAAUGGCACCCGAGGAUGAUUCAUCAUUGAAUUUGAAUAAAAAAUCAUUUACAUUAAGAUUGCA